UUCUCUUCUCACAAGAGUUACAUUUUUUUGCCCCGAGUUAUCACUUGAAAAACCCUAAAUAGUAAUUGUUAGUUUUGAUCAUAAUGUCUGCUACUGGAGGGGCCGGUGAGGAAGAGAAGAAACCUAAUGAUCAGAUGGUUCAUAUUAAUUUGAAGGUUAAGGGUCAGGAUGGGAAUGAAGUGUUUUUCAGGAUCAAGCGUAGCACACAGAUGCGCAAGCUCAUGACUGCUUAUUGCGACCGUCAGUCAGUGGACAUGAACUCUAUUGCCUUUUUGUUUGAUGGCCGCAGGCUUAGGGCAGAGCAAACUCCUGAUGAGCUGGAGAUGGAGGAGGGUGACGAAAUUGAUGCAAUGCUACAUCAAACUGGAGGCAUUGGUGCUGGAUGCUGCUACUUUUGUCUCUAACUUUUAGCUUGGUUAUGUUGAUUAUAGAUUGGUUAAGGGUGAAAGCUUUUGAGUAUUUGUUAUCUCUUCCAUCUGCUUUUAGAUGGGGAAACUUAUGAAUGUUUAGUUUUCGGUAUUAGACAAUAGCUACCAAAUGUUCCCCUUUCCAUCAGCAUUUAUCAGAGUUCACUCUGAAUAUGGUUCCAGAAUGUGUGUUGCCGCGCACUUUGCCUAAUAUAAUAUUUCAGACCCCGUCCUAAUAUUGCA